AAAACAAGGCACUGAAGAGGCAAUGUCGGGCUAUGCUGAAAUCUCUUUCCUUUCUCUUUACAGCUUUCCAGUAGAUAAAAGUAAAUAUCAGUAAUGACAGCCUACAAAGCUACUAAGUACAUUCUGUUUAUAUUCUGCUACAUAUUCUGGGUGGCCAGUGGAAUUAUGAUUGCUGUGGGCAUCUACGCUAAAGUAGCCAAGGAAAACGAUGUAGUGGAUACUUUGGCUACAGAUCCAGCUCUCCUGUUGCUCACUGUAGGAUCGCUUACAUUCAUCAUAACAUUCCUCGGGUGUUUCGGAGCACUGCGAGAUAGUACCAUACUGCUGAAAAUGUUUUUAGGAAUUUUAAUGGUCAUCCUGUUCCUGCAAAUCGCUGCUGCUGUUCUGGGCUUUCUCUUCUCAGACCUGGUUCUAAACAGGACAGAACUGCUAAUGAAGAAAGCCAUUGUACUGUAUCGAGAGGACAUGGAUUUAGAAAAUGUGAUUGACUUUGUGCAGAAAAAGUUCCUGUGCUGUGGAGUGAAUUAUUACACAGACUGGUCUCAGAAUGUAUAUUUCAACUGCUCUGUGAAUAACCCCAGUGUGGAAGCCUGUGGUGUGCCUUUUUCUUGCUGUGUACGACAGCAGAAUCAGACUGUGUUCAAUUCCAUGUGUGGCUACAAAUCUCAGGGGGUGGAAGAGUACUUAAUCAAGGGGCACAUUUAUAUGAAUGGCUGCCUGAAGAAAAUAGUGCUGUGGGGGAAACAGAACCUGAUGCUGGUUGGAGGGAUCAGCAUUAGCUUGCUCUGCUUCGAGACGCUUUAUCCUUCUACAGGGUCGCAGGCAAGCUGGAUCCUAUCCCAGCUGACUACGGGCGAAAGGCAGGGUACACCCUGGACAAGUCGCCAGGUCAUCACAGGGCUGACACAUAGACACAGACAACCAUUCACACUCACAUUCACACCUACGGUCAAUUUAGAGUCACCAGUUAACCUAACCUGCAUGUCUUUGGACUGUGGGGGAAACCGGAGCACCCAGAGGAAACCCACGCGGACACGGGGAGAACAUGCAAACUCCACACAGAAAGGCCCUUGCCGGCCCCGGGGCUCGAACCCAGGACCUUCUUGCUGUGAGGCGACAGCGCUAACCACUACACCACUGUGCCGCCCAGCAUGAUAUCAGAUCAUUAAAAAUAUAUUUAUUUAAAAAAUCAGGUAAAAUAAGAGUCCACAACCACAAGUGUACUUGGUUAUGAUCUUUACUCAGAUCAAGAAAUAAUUCAUAAACACAGCAACGUAGUAACUACAUCGUGAUUUUAAGAACAAGCUUCAGAUCAAAAUGCAUUUUUUAAAAGUCUGAUUGCUAAUAAAACAUUUAUACAGUACAUUUGAUUAUAUAUGAACGGCAUAAAAAUCAUGAUUAUUACUGUAUAUAUCAUCAGCAUAAAACACUAAAAGGUUGGAAGUCAUACUACACAGGUGUAGGUAGCACUAUUAUAUGUAAACUAUGUUUAGUGGUUUAUUAAUAUUGCUUUUGA